GAGCGUCACAUCUCUCCAAACGCCCAUCAAACUUUCACCACAGCCUGUAGAGAGGACCCAGUCCUCUGAAAGAGGCCUGUUAGAGACAACGAGGACACGCUGGAUUCUGCUCACACGGCCGGACAGCGAUGGAGACACUACUGGCGAUUACUUUUGGUUCAGUUUGACCCUGUUGUUCUUCCCCUUGAAAACAUCCUGUUCAGUUUUUGCGUCCUUUUUGCGACAAGGCGACGGGGAUGGAGCAAGCACCCAGCGCGCCGAGCCCUCCUCCAAAACCGGCCCAUCACGAGCCCAUCAGCUUCGGCAUCGACCAGAUCCUGGGAGCCGGUACGGAGCCAGAAAGCGGGCGCACGGCUGGAAGACAAAGUGGAUCCGAUUUAAGCAACGGGGACGCUUAUUACAGUUUAGGAAGCCCGACCGGGGCCAGCGCGCCCUCAUACACCGCGCUGUCUAUCUCCCUCUCCGGUAUAAUGCCUCCGGUGGAGGCUUCAGGUUCAUACGGGGAGAGCAGGAGUCUGGGCAGCCGGGGAGUGAUUCGAGUCCCGGCACACAGACCCAUGACAGCCCCGGGACCCCCGGCCCCCGUCCAGAGCGCUGUCCCUGGGUUUGGGGGGUUGUGCUUCCCUUGGAUAGGAAACAGGUUCGCCAAGGACAGAAUAUCAGCGGCUCUGGUGCCGUUCGCCGUUACGCGGCGGAUAGGACACCCGUACCAGAACCGGACACCGCCCAAACGGAAAAAGCCCCGCACGUCCUUCUCCAGAGUUCAGAUCUGCGAGCUGGAGAAACGCUUCCACCGGCAGAAGUACCUGGCCAGCGCCGAGCGGGCGGCCCUGGCCAAGAGUCUGAAGAUGACAGACGCACAGGUGAAAACCUGGUUCCAGAACCGCAGGACCAAGUGGAGGAGACAGACAGCCGAGGAGAGGGAGGCGGAGCGUCAGCAGGCCAAUCGUCUCAUCCUGCAGCUGCAGCAGUCCGCCCUCCAGAAGUCCCUCAGCGAAUCAGCGGUGUCGGAUCCACUGUGCGCCCAUAACUCCUCCCUGUACGCCCUGCAGAACCUCCAACCCUGGGCUGAGGAGAGGGAAUAAGAGACCAGACGCCAUGCUGUAAUCAAUAAGCAUCAGCUAUUAUCCCUGGGAGGAUAAAAAUCAAUUUAAUUAGGCCCUACAUGAGGACAGUGGGACUUACUUUUUUGAUCCAUGCAAUGGAUUUAAAAUUAAAAAAAAAAAAGAAAAGAAAGUUGGAGCAGAAAAACUGAAGAAGGGGUCACAGCCAUUUGAGUGGACGGGUGAGAAAAUGGACCUGAAGUGAUGGAGAUGGUGAGUGAUGCCUGAUUUGAAAGAGAAACAGAACUUUUCUUGGAAUAAAUCUUGCAGCUCUGUGCUUGGGAAGAGACUUUUUCAAAUUCAACAACAAAAAAAAGGAAACAGAACUUGUCAUUAAAAAAUUCUGUGAUUGUCCUCUAAUGCUUGUACUUAUUCUGUUUACUAGAAUAAGAGGGAGAAAUGUACCCCUUUGUCUUCUCUCUCAAGCAUCAGACACAUUGUUCAACACUUAGAAAGGGAAGAACACCAGCCAUAUAAAGGCAAGGCCUACAUCCCAACACCUAUACAAUAGAGUACUUGCAUACAAAUGUGAAAAUGUCUGUUUUAUUAAAAUACACACACAAAAAAUGCAGAUAUGAAAGCUGCUCCAGAUAUUUUUCUUAACUGUUCUGGUGCUUAAACUUUCCUUCCAAUCUCAUUUAUAAAUGUACCCACUCCAGCUGCAAUGCACCACCACGGUCACCUGUCCGUCUCCAGGUUUAGUGCACCACCUCAGCCCAAAAAAAAGAUGCCUAAAAUGUUUCAUUAUGGGGGAGAAAUGCUUUUGUUGCGCAGUAAUAAAAGGGAAAUAGAUGUCAGGAUAAGAGGGGGGAGAGAGGAAAUAUGAAAGAGGCUGCAAGUUGGGUAAUAAAGGGAGUGAUGCAUGUUCAGUGAUGGUGGUGACGUUUUUUUUUUUUUUUUUUCAUAUGCACAUUAUCAUGCUUUAUUUGUGUGUCCUUUGGGAAUCGGGGCACAAAUGUACAAUUCCUUUUGUACUUUCAUUGUAUAUGUGUAAAUAACAAUAUAAACUGUUCUUGUGACUCUUUCUGCUCGUGCUGUUUAUGGUGCACCAUAAAAAAAUGAUUUUAAGAUUUUAACACACCAUAAUUAUAAGCUAUAAAAAAAGAUUAUGGGGUGACAAGGUGAAAGAAAUCAGACGUGAUUUUGUUUCUUGAAAAGUUUAUUGAUAAAUAUAAUGAUUUUAUACAAUAUUUCAAUACACACAUUAUUUCAUUAUGACAGUUUGAAGCUGUCUGUUUGUCUUCCUGUCCGUCAGUCUAUCUGGAAGUAUGUCUGGGUACAUUUGAGAUGAGCCGCAACACAUUUUAGCUUUUUUUUUUUGCUUUUUUUUUUUAAAUCACGCUAUUGGUAGCACAGUGAGUGGGCAUGACAGUAAAGCAUUAAUAAAUCUGUGUUCUUUUUGUCCUGCUCAAUCGUCAAAACGAUGGCUCUUGUUCGAAACAUGGCUUCCGUUCCUUCAGAAUCAGUGAAAGGGUCUCUCUCGUCUGCCUCUAUUCUGUCUCCACAUCCCUCCUCCCUGCUCCCCUCUACUGUCUCUCCCUCACAGUGAAAGGUUGGUUGCUCCAAGUCGACUUUUUUUUUUUUUUUUUUAA